GGGAGCCUCAACAAACAUCAUCACCACGCGCACUCAUCGUUCAGCCGUACCCAACAGCUCGUCGUGCUUUACUUGUUGCUCAUCCCUGCUUCCUUCAUUUAAUAGUCCUCCCCAUCAUGUUUCUGACAAGGAGUGAAUACGAUCGAGGUGUCAACACCUUUAGUCCUGAGGGACGUUUGUUCCAAGUCGAAUAUGCGAUCGAAGCCAUCAAGUUGGGGUCAACCGCGGUCGGCAUUCAAACCGCCGAGGGAGUCGUGCUGGCCGUAGAGAAAAGAGUGACCUCAACAUUGUUGGAACCGAGCUCGAUCGAAAAGAUUAUGGAAAUUGAUCAACAUCUAGGAUGUGCCAUGUCUGGCCUAACGGCGGAUUCCCGGACGAUGAUCGAUCAUGCGCGUGUCGAGGCACAGAACCAUUGGUUCACUUACAAUGAGAGGAUCAAGGUGGAAAGUGUGACACAGGCUGUGUGUGAUUUGGCAUUGCGGUUCGGUGAAAGUGCGGCAUCAGAGGAAGCACUGAUGUCUCGACCAUUCGGUGUGGCACUGUUGAUAGCGGGAGUGGAUGAGAAAGGUCCACAGCUCUUUCACACUGACCCUUCUGGAACAUUCAUGCGAUACGACGCUAAAGCAAUAGGUUCAGGAUCAGAAGGAGCUCAGGGUGAGCUGCAAGAGCAGUAUCACAAGUCGAUGACACUGAAAGAAGCUGAGGUGCUUUCGUUGAAAGUUCUGAAGCAGGUUAUGGAGGAAAAACUCAGUGCGACAAAUGUACAAGUCGCUGUCGUAACGCCUAUUUCCGCUGAUGGCACAGGAGGGUACCGAAUUCUUCUGGAGGAGGAAUUGCAGGAGAUUAUUGCGCAAUUAGCAUAGAUAGGUUUUCAAUAACAAUUUCGUUUUGAUGACAGGCAGA